AUGGAGACCAUCGAGUGGGAGAGGCCAGGAGUUGUGCAGCCGCAGGAGCCGGCCACCACGCAAGUGCCCAACGAGCUCCCGCAGCCUCCGGCCCCUUCAUUCACGGUGGAGACAUACUUGCCGGAGGGCACUCCCCUCGCAACGUGCCACGGCUAUGAGGAACAGUGGGCGCUUUGCAAGCAGCAGAGCUGCGGGGACGAACACCAGAUCAUCAACUGCCAGUGGAGCGAGUGGGGUCCCUGGAAAUCUUUCGGAGGUUGCUCCGGCCUGGGCGUUCGCGAGAGGAAGAUCGCCAGGCACCACGAGACGGGUGGCAGGCCGUGCAGCGGUGUCAAGGAGGAGACCAGGCAGAUGGACCAGUUCUUCGAUGAUGACUGCCUUCAGGGGGAUCAGAACUGCGAGUGGAGCCCUUGGUCCGACUGGAGCCACUGCGGCUGCGAGGUCUGCGCGAGGACCGCAAGGCUCAGAAGGUGA